AUGUCUCAAGUGCGCUAUUCGUCAUUAUUUAUGCUGAGAGGAAGGCAUAGCCUUGAGCAAGGCUACUGGGAGGACGGGGAGGACUGGGAGUGAGGAGAGUCAGGAGCGGUUAGGAGAGUUAUGUGUUGAAUUGGGAAACUGCGAUAUUUUUGCCGCGAUAUUUACGAGAUUUCAUUCGCUUGGUUUGAUUUUGCAUAAUUCAGGUCUUUGCCCUUUGGGUGGUGAGAAGAGCUAAUCAAGGUAGUUCUAGUUGUUGAGAUGCUGCCCAGCCCGGGCCGUUCAGUGCGGCAGAGGCGGCACGCACAGGGCGGCGCAUAUGCAGCUCGUGCCGCGGGCGCUGCUGCCGCCGCACCCCUGCCCCAGUGGGACGAUUGGAGUGGGAGCUUCCUCCAGCCAUUCCGGCCAAUCACCUGGAUGUCCAACACGCUGCCGCGCCGUGCCAGCGUCUCGUCUACGCUGUGUCUCUCAGAAGGAUCCCUGGAGGAUUUGGAACACGAUCUAGCUGCUGCCGAUGAGUACAACUACAACAACAUUGGACAUCCAAAGGCGGUGCUGGAGGGGCUCAAUGAGCUGCGCGAUGACGCCGUCUUCUGUGACGUCAUCAUCCGUGUCGGGGAGCAGACGUUUCCGGCGCACAAGUGUGUGCUCGCCGCCUUCAGUCCCUACUUCAAGGCGAUGUUCACCAGCCAGCUGAAGGAGUGUCACGACCGGGAGGUGACGCUGAAGGACAUCGAACCGAUCAUGCUGGAGACGCUGCUGCAGUUCGCCUACACUGGCUCCGUCAGCAUCACGCAGGGCAACGUGCAGAACCUGAUGGCCGCCUCCAACCUGCUGCAGGUGCUGUCUGUUCGCGACGCGUGCUCGCUGUUUAUGGAAAAACACAUGGAUGCGUCCAACUGUUUGGGAAUCCACUGUUUCGCCGAGACGAUGAACUGCGAGCGACUGCAGAGACUCGCCAAGGAGUUUGCGCUCAGCAAUUUCCCGGACGUCUCGUCUCACGAGGAGUUUCUGAACCUGUCGCUGCCCAAGGUGGUCGAAUUCGUCUCCUCCGACGAGCUGCAGGUGGCGCGAGAGGAGGACGUAUUUACGGCCGUUUUAAACUGGUUCAACCAUCAGCCGGACGCGAGGAAGGAGGGAUUUUAUAAGGUUCUGGAGAACGUCCGCCUACCGCUGUUGUCGCCGUACUUCCUUCACGACUGCGUCUCCAAACAGAAGGUGGUACGAACGUCGCCAGAGUGUCAGACACUGCUCGAGGAGGCCAGGCUAUAUCACUUACUGCCGGACCGUCGGGGAGACAUGCAGGGGGCCAGGACACGGCCCCGGAAAAACGCCGAACUCGUGGAUGUGAUUGUGUGCGCGGGAGGCGAGGAUGACCGUGUGGUUCUCCGCUGCAUGGAGGGAUUCAACCCGGCUGACGGACAGUGGGCCUCACUGGGUAACCUGCCGUUCGCUGUCAGUAAGCACGGCGCCGUGGUGACGGGUAAGAACGUGCUCUAUUUCGCCGGCGGCGAGUUUCCAGACGGUAACGCCAGUAACCGGCUGCUGCGGUUCGACCCGCAGCUCAACAAGUGGGAGGAAAUGGCCAGCAUGGCGUUCGCCCGAUCAGAACUAGGUCUAGCCGUGUUGGACGGUUUCCUGUACGCGGCAGGCGGCUGGGACGGAUCAGCACGGCUUGACUCCGUCGAAAGGUACAACACGGAGACCAACUCGUGGGAGCAGCUGCCGCCGCUGAAGGUCGGGAUCACGUCUGCCGCCGUGGCAGCCCACGACGGCUUCUUCUACGUAGCAGGCGGCGCGAUCGGUGAGGAUGGGGACGGCAUCACCUGUGUCCAGCGGUUCGACCCGCGCACACACACCUGGGCAGAGCUGGCGCCCAUGCUCAUUCCCCGCAGCGGAUCCGCCGCCUGUGUGCUCGACGGAAAAAUCUACAUCAUCGGCGGGUGGCACGGCGCUACGGAGAACACCAACAAGGUGGAGUGCUACGACAUACACAAGAACCAGUGGAACCCGUGCUCGCCAAUGAGGGCGUGUCGCUACCAGCCCGGAGCCGCCGUGAUGAACGGUCACAUCUACGUACUAGGCGGCGAGGAGGGCUGGGACCUGUACCACAAGAGCGUGGAGCGCUACACGCCUUCCACCGACCGCUGGGAGGACGCCACUGAGAUGGGCACGCCGCGAUCCUGGCUGACCUGCAACGCCCUGCAGGUCCGAAAAUCGCUGCUGAUGAAAGACAGGCGGUGAUGCUGAAGACGGACGGCUAGUUCAGAGGCAGGUUCACCCUCUCCUUCACGUCUACAGAGGAUGGACGGAGAGACAUUCCAUUGAGCCCAGAUUCACCUUUUAUAGAGCGGGGAGCUCACAUGAUAUUGCCGGGCAUAAGUCGGCCCUAUGUAUUGUUCUGCUGUUAUGUUGCCCUCUAAAUGUUGCGUUAUAGUGCUGUGCAGUUACCAGAUUGUAUGUGUUUUAUAAACAAUAAAUGUAUACGCUCGUU